AUGUUCCGCACACGGCUGCUGCGGACGCCCCGGCAGGCAUUGGCCCUGAACCUGCGCGCAUCCGCCAACGGCAGCAGCUCCAAUGGCAGCUUCAACACCAUCAACAGCAUCGCCAACGGCAAGGGCUUCAGCGCCAGGAGGAGUCUGCACUCGGUGCCCUCGCUGCCGCACGACUUCUCCCAGGGCGUGCCCAAGCUGAUGAGCCCCGGCGGCUUUGCCCUGGCGUGGACGGACUACAUGACGGUCACCCUGGACAAGCUCAACGCCAUGAUUGCUGGCACCGAGCUCGAAAGCCACGACGCCAAGACAAUCGCCCUCAUGACGGCCCGCGAGCCCAACCAGGCGCCCAUCUUCAACCACGCCUCCAUGGCGCACAACAACCACUUCUUCUUCCAGGGCCUGGCCCCCGGCGGCACGCCCAUGCCCGACGACCUGCGCCGCGAGCUCGAGGCCUCCUUCUCCUCCAUCGACUCCCUGCGCCUCGAGUUCAUCGUCACCGCUUCCGCCAUGUUCGGCCCGGGCUUCGUCUGGCUCGUCAAGGCCGGCCCCGGCGACUACCGCCUGCUGCCCACCUACCUCGCCGGCUCCCCCUAUCCGGGCGCCCACUGGCGCAUGCAGUCCACCGACAUGAACACGGUCGGCAACGACGGCUCCGCGCGCCCCUUUCUCAGGAACCAGCUCCUCGGCGCCGGCAGGAGGAGGACGGGCGACUUGCCGCCCGGAGGAAUCGAGCUCGAGCCGCUGCUGUGCCUCAACACGUGGGAGCACGCCUGGCUGCUCGACUGGGGGAUGGGCGUCGAUGGCAAGGGCGGCAAGGCUGCGUAUGUCGAUGCUUGGUGGAAUUCGGUGGAUUGGGAAAAGGUGCAUCAGAGGGCGGGCACGGUGCGGCCUGAGUUUAUGACGGAGAAUUCUCCUUGA